UUUUAAUUGAACAUUUUACUAAGGGGUCGAAUGCGGAGACGUUGAUCAGUCUUCAAAAUGCCGCGAAUUGAUAAUGACAUCAAGCUGGACUUCAAAGAUGUUCUUUUUAGACCAAAAAGAAGUACAAUUCGAAGUAGAUCAGACGUUGACCUGACAAGGUCAUUUUUAUUUCGUAAUUCUGGUCAAAGUUAUACUGGUAUACCUGUAAUGGCAGCAAACAUGGAUACAGUUGGUACUUUUGAAAUGGCUAAAGUCUUAUCAAAGCAUCUGAUGUUUACAGCUAUACAUAAACAUUAUUCAGUUGAUGAAUGGAAAGAAUUUGCUGCCCAGAAUAAAGCUGCCUUGCCGCAUGUAGCAGUAAGUGCUGGAAUUGCUGAAGGUGAUUUGAAGAAUUUGAAAAAUAUAAUUGAAGCUGUGCCAGAUUUACAGUUUAUUUGUUUGGAUGUUGCCAAUGGUUACUCAGAGCAUUUUGUACAGUUUGUAAGGGAUGUGAGAAAAACAUUUCCUAAACAUACUAUUAUGGCUGGAAAUGUGGUAACAGGUGAAAUGGUAGAAGAAUUAGUGUUAUCUGGGGCUGAUAUUAUAAAAGUUGGUAUUGGACCAGGCUCAGUAUGUACUACACGUAAGAAAACUGGCGUUGGAUAUCCUCAAUUAUCAGCUGUUAUUGAAUGUGCUGAUGCUGCCCAUGGAUUGGGUGGACAUAUAAUUUCUGAUGGUGGUUGUACUUGUCCUGGUGAUGUAGCUAAAGCUUUUGGAGCUGGAGCUGACUAUGUUAUGAUGGGUGGUAUGUUAGCUGGACAUACAGAAUCUGGUGGAGAACUUAUAGAACGUAAUGGAAAGAAGUUCAAACUAUUCUAUGGUAUGAGUUCUGCUACCGCUAUGCAGAAACAUGCUGGUGGUGUAGCUGAAUAUAGGGCAUCAGAGGGUAAAACAGUACAAAUUGAAUAUAGAGGUGAUGUGGAGAAAACUAUACAAGAUGUAUUAGGUGGUAUUAGAUCUACCUGCACAUAUGUUGGCGCAUCCAAACUGAAAGAACUGAGUAGAAGAACAACUUUUAUAAGAGUCACUCAACAGUUGAAUGAAGUUUAUUCAUCAGUUACUACUCAGCAUUGAGCUCAGAAAAUUCCAUUUUUAAUUUUGUAAAUCCCGUAAGCCUAGAAAGUUCUUUUCACGGAUUAUUUGAGUGGUUCACUAUGGAAAGAUUCCAUGAUACAAAUCAUGUGAAAUCAUUAAUUUUUUUAGGACUCAAUUUAAAACAAUAUUAUAUUAAAACUGUCAGUGAUGUUACUUAAAACUGUCAGUGAUGUUACUUGAGGUAUUAAUAAAGAAAAGUUUCAAUGAUAAUUAAGUAAUGAAGUUACACUGUUAAUUAAUAGAGAAAUUUGGUGCCCAUGAAAAUAUAUGAUUUCUGACUAUCCUCUGAUAUUCUGUGUGGUAUAAAAUAUUUUUAGAAGUUUGUGAUGUGUUGUGUAUGAUGGUUCUAGACAAUGUUAUACUUGUCAUUCAGUAUAUGUAUACUAGUAACUGUAUUUUCUAAAAGAUGGAUAUUAAGAUAUAUAUAUUCAGAUCAUGAUAUCUGAUACCAUCUAUUGUACAUCACAUUCUGAAUUCUAUUGUCAGUAUUACCUUAUUGCCAUAUUUUUAACUUUAAUUUUUAUUGUCUUAAUAUUGUUAUCAAUUUCAUCUUGUAUUUGAAUUGGAAGAUGUGGUAUUGUAUUGGAUUAAAGUUUAUUUUGUGUCAAAUC